CCGACCAAUCAUUUCGUAUUCAUUCGCACAUCCAAACUUUUCUCUUCCUCUUUGGCACUAACCUGCAUUUUCUUUCUAAUUAGCACCACCACCAAUGGCGGCUGUCUUUGCUCUCUUUCUUGUGGCUUUUGCCGCCGUCUUCGGCAGCUCUGCCGCUGAUCCCGACAUGCUUCAGGACAUUUGCGUCGCCGACCUCACCGCCGCGGUGAAAGUCAAUGGAUUCGUCUGCAAGAACGCAGCAAAUGCAACAGCAGAGGACUUUUUCUUCACCGGACUAGCCAAACCAGGCCUCACCAACAACACAUUCGGCUCCUUGGUGACUUUAGCCAAUGUCGAAAAAAUCCCCGGCCUCAACACCCUCGGCGUUUCGCUUGCCAGAAUCGACUAUGCCCCCGGCGGAAUUAACCCACCCCACACUCACCCCAGAGCCACAGAAAUUGUCUACGUUCUUGAAGGAGCAUUGGACGUUGGAUUUAUUACCACAGCAAACAAGCUCAUCAGCAAAACUAUUAAGCAAGGUGAAGUCUUUGUGUUCCCCAAAGGGUUGGUUCACUUCCAGAACAACAAUGGGAAGAGUCCGGCUUCGGUGAUUGCCGCGUUUAACUCUCAGCUGCAGGGCACCCAGAACAUCGCCCUCACGUUGUUCGCUGCCACGCCGGAGGUGCCGGAUAAUGUGCUGACCAAGACGUUCAAGUUGGGAACCAAGGAGGUUAACAAAAUCAAGUCUAAGCUAGCGCCCAAGGCCUAGAGAGCUUUUUCGGUUCUGUGUUGCGUUUGUUUUGUAAUUUGAUGGAAGGUGAUGAUCCUUGUAUUUUCUCUCCUUGAUUAGUCCAAAUUGGUUACUUGUUUUGUUCUUCAAGUCUUCAAAUGAAAUCAGCUGCCUACCUUACCAAUCUCACAUUAUAAAUAAAGUCUUGCCUCAUA